AUGAGCCCGGCGGGGUGUGGAAAUGGACUAGAAAUGUCUCAAGAUGGAAAUAAACACGCUCUGAUUUACAUUCAGGUUGCGGGGCUCCAUCCACUGAUAAAGUGUGAAAAAGGCGGAGUGGUCCAGCCGGGUUUCGAACUCCCCCGAAGAACACCUCCUCCACCUUACCCCCUCCAGCUGCGGCCGCCCGUAAAGUACAACAGGAGGAACAACCCAGAACUGGAGAAGCGGCGGAUACACCACUGUACAUUCCUCGGUAAGUUAGAUGUAAUCCUUCUUCUAUAG